AUGUGUGCAUCAUUUGACUCGCUCAAGUGCCAGGGAGUGUCCCCAGGAGACCCUGAAUAUGAGACACUUCGAACUCGAUACUUCCAUGCGCGUGUUCCAAAUACCAGGCCGGCAAAAAUAUUUCGACCUCGCACAACACUUGAGGUAGUGGAUAUCUUGCAGGAUGCGCGCCUCAGCAAUUCAAAGGUUGGAAUAAGAUCAGGUGGUCAUUUGUUUCCAUGUUGCUCGCUGCUACCGGAUGGCGUGUUGAUUGACACAUGCAACCUCAAUCAGGGGAUUCAUUACAGUCCACACACAGGAAUAGUGACUUUCCCGCCAUGCGCCAGAUCAAAGGAUCUUGCCGAAGCUUUAACCUCCGUCGGGAGAUUCUUCCCGUUUGGACAUUCUCCGACCGUUGCUGCUGGGGGGUUUCUGCUUGCCGGUGGGCAGGGGUGGUUUAUGCGUGGCUGGGGAUGCACAUCCGACAAAUGGAUCGAGCAGAUGGAGAUUGUAACAGCGAAUGGAGCAAUCGUUAAAGCGAGCAAAACUCAAAACGUGGAUCUGUUUUGGGCCGCACGAGGAAGUGGGCAGGGAUUCUUUGGAGUUGUUACUAAGAUCUGGGGAAGAACGAUUCCAACUCGUCGAUUGUGGGAGAGAGUGCUAGUCUUUGAUUGUACGGAGUCCUUCUCCGGUAUCCUUCACGCAUUGUUUGAGCUGACCGAUCGCACUCCCAAAUACGGCGUUGAGGUUGCCUUCGCCACCUUUCGUCCGGAUCGUGAUGACGCGAGCCUCGACGACGAGGUAAACGACAAGCGCGUGUUUAUGGCGGCAAGCACUUUAGCCUUUGCGGAUACCUAUGCAGAGGCGAGAACCAUGUUAAGCCCGUGGGAAAGCUUGCCCAACAUUCUAGUCCAGCACCAAAUCGAGUCCAUUCCGAUCACAGAACGAUCAUGGAACGACCUAUUUGAGGCCCAGGACAAGCUUAACCCUUCAGGAAAUGGGGAGAGGUGGCAAUGUGAUAGCAUUCUUAAUAGGCCAGACGUGCAAAGAGAACAGUUGAUCGAAGCGAUCAAGCCCGCUCUGUGGGAUCUACCCACACGCCGUUCAAUUGGGUGUAUAUAUGUUGGAAAUUAUAGCCCUGAUGAAACAGAACAAGCCAUCAGUAUCCCACAGCACUAUUAUAUUGCCUCAAUGACUUGCUGGACAAGUCCCUCCUGGGACGAUCGUAUGAGCCGUUGGAUGCGUGAGGUCUAUACACGUGCCUCGGAAGUUUCAUGCGGGCAAUAUAUUGCCGAUUUUGACGCAAAUCAAAGAAUAACGCCGGUUCUGACCGAAAAUGCCCUGCGGAGAUUUCUUGCUAUCCGUCUGAAAUGGGACCCAAGCGAAACUUUUAUCGGCCAUCGUGGAUUCAGUGGAUCGACGACAUUCUCGCCGAGUCUAUAG